CGGUGCGUUUUUGUCCCUCGUUAUUUUUUUUUUUUAAUCCAGUCCACUUUCCUUCCCUUUGAGGACGUUUGUUCCACUCGUCGUCCAGCCUGGCACGAUGGGAGAGGCCGAGACGCGACAGAAACUGCUGCGCAACGUGAAGAAAGAGGUGAAACAAAUCAUGGAGGAGGCAGUAACGAGGAAAUUUGUGCACGCCGACAGCAGCCACAUCAUAUCCUUCUGUGGCGUCGUGGAAGCCUGCCUGUUGCACGGAUUGAAGCGCCGUAUUGCCGGCCUGCUGUGCAGUAAUAAGGUCGCCGCCCUCUUCAUGAAGGUGGCAAAAACCUUUCUGCCUGCAGAGGAGCUUUGCAACAAAGUCCAGGAACUGGAGCAGCUUAUCGAAAACAGCAAGCAGAAUAACUCUCAGCUGAGCGGUGACCGCAGUAGGCAGUCUAAUUUUGCCAACCUGCCACCUCAAGCACUGAAACACCUGUGGAUCCGAACAGCACUGAUGGAGAAGCUUCUGGACAAGAUUGUUCUGUACUUGGUGGAGAACAGCAGUGCUUUUUAUGAGAAAGAAGCCAUGCUAAUGGACCCUGUAGAUGGACCAAUUCUUGCAUCGCUCCUGGUUGGGCCUUGUGCAUUGGAGUACACCAAAGUCAAGACAGCAGACCAUUUCUGGACAGAUCCUUCUGCUGAUGAACUCGUACAGCGUCAUCGUAUCCACAGCGGCCACUGCCGACAGGAUUCUCCCUCCAGACGGCCUGCCCUGAUCCAGAAGAGACAGUCCAGUGGUAGUAUUGAAGAUCGACCCCUCAUGUGGGUGAGAGAGUAUGUGGAAUCUCUUCACCAAAAUUCCAGAGCCACACUCCUGUUUGGCAAAAAUAACGUCCUGGUGCAGCCGAGAGAUGACAUGGAGGCCAUCCCGGGUUACCUUUCUCUCCAUCAAACUGCAGAUGUCAUGACUUUGAAGUGGACGCCCAAUCAGCUGAUGAACGGCAACGUAGGAGAGCUGGAUUCUGAGAAAAGUGUUUACUGGGAUUACGCUAUGACUAUUCGCCUGGAGGAGAUCGUGUAUCUCCACUGUCAUCAGCAAGUGAACAGUGGGGGGACGGUGGUUCUGGUGAGCCAGGAUGGGAUCCAGAGACCUCCUCUACAUUUCCCUAAAGGAGGACACCUGCUGCAGUUUCUCACCUGCCUGGAGACUGGCCUGCUCCCUCAUGGGCAGUUGGACCCCCCACUCUGGUCUCAGAGAGGGAAGGGGAAGGUUUUUCCAAAAUUGAGAAAGAGGAGUCCACAGGGCUCAUGUGAUUCGGUAUCAGAUAAGGAGGAUGAUGAAGCAACAGAUUACGUCUUUCGGAUCCUCUUUCCUGGAAAUCAGAUGGAGUUUAUGGCCCUGGAGCUGAUGGACCAAGGCAUGAACAUGUGGCAACCAACUCCUAGAAAGUCCUCCUGCUCCUCUUGCUCACAAAAUGGCUCAUCUGAUGGCUCGUUACCCAACGGCUGUAAUCAGGAAAGGGCUCCAUUAAAGCUCCUUUGUGACACAAUGAAAUACCAGAUCAUUUCUCGUGCUUUCUAUGGAUGGCUUGCAUACUGUCGUCAUCUAUCCACAGUUCGCACUCACCUCUCUGCUCUGGUCAACACCACUAUAGUUGAUCCAGAUUUGCCCAGUAAUGCCCGGAGAGGCCUCUCGGUGGAGGUGUGGGGGAGUUUCCUCCAGGACACCUCUGCAUACAAGGAGCAAGAGAUACACAGGCUUGUGUAUUUUGGUGGUGUGGAUCCUUCCCUCCGUAAAGAGGUCUGGCCCUUCCUGUUGGGACACUACCACUUUUCUAUGACAGAAAAAUGUCGGCUGGAGAUUGAUGAGAAGAUGCAGCUCAUUUAUGAUCAGACUGUGAAGGAGUGGCAGGGUUGUGAGGCCAUUGUUCGUCAGAGGGAGAGAGAAAAACAUGCAGAGGCACUUGCCAGGUGUUCUUCUGGAGCCAGUGUGGAAAGAGGACCACUGCAGCAUGAUUCAACCAUCAGUACCGAUUCAUCAUUAAGUUGCAGCUCAGAGCCUCAGAAUGUCCAUUCGCAAAAUGAUUCCAGCAGUAGCACCCAGGUGUUUGAUUCUGUUGAUGCAGUGGAUCUGUGUGAUGAACAGGAGUUGUUGUCAGGUAACCCGGAUAAGGAUACCCAAAAUGGACCUGCAGAUCCUGCACGAUGUGCAGAUUCAGACAACAGCCCCGCUGUGGCCGAGGCAUUGAAGUCAACAGAAAGUUUCACAGAGCAAACCAUGGGAGAUGUAAUGGAUCCAAAAACCAAGGACAAGGUUACUGACAGGGAAGUGGAUGAAGACAUUGGUAACAGAAAGUCUCAAGAGAUAUCUAGAGCAGAGUCUGACGGAGAAGAUGUGCAGUCUUUGAGGGAGCGUGAAGCAGAAGACAAAGAAAAAACUCCAAAUGAGCUACCAGAUAGUUUAAAAGCAGCAGACGUGAACAGUAACCUGAGAGCAGCUCCAGAGAACACCAAUGUUCUCAGACUAGAAACAGAGGUUUAUAAUGAAUAUUUCCAAGCACCACCACUGGGACAAACCUUGAAUUUUCAAGCACGCAAGAGCAAAGAUCUGGAAAACACAGUAGAGAUGGACAUCGAAACGAAGACUUCUGAAACAACAUUCGAUAAAAUACCACCACAGAUGAUCAAGUUGUGCACCGGAGAAAGAAAGGACAUUGAAGUGGCAGCAGCAGCAGCUCCUGAUAUGGCUGAAACCAAAAAAGACAAAGCUGCGGGAGUUGGUUCAAAUUCACCCGUCAGACAAGUACUGAAUGCAAUUCAGUCUGCGUCAAGAGGGAGCCUGUCUUUGUCGUCUCACUCCAAGCAGUCUCCAGACACGGCCGAUUCAGACGACUCACCUUCAGCCUUAGAAAUGGAAGAUAUUCCCACAGGGAUAACGUGUCUCACCUCCCAAGAAAUCACAGUCCGGCCCUUCGCAGGCUUGGCUGCACCUCCUGCCAUCUUGGUGCGGCGGAACCACGACGAGUCGGAGAGUCUCCAUUUGGACACAAGUCCUGACGGCACAGAUCUCGGCCUCUCAGAAGACGAGCCCGACAUGGAGAACAUGCUCUCUGCACCAGUGACAGGAGGAGGGGGCGAUGUCGAACCUGGCGAAUCCUCUCAGUAUCCCUCCAAAGAACAAAGCUACUCUCAAGAACAGCUGGACAUGUACCUGAUCAAUCUGCAUCGCAUCGACAAAGAUGUCAGGCGCUGUGACAGAACGUACUGGUACUUCACUCUGGCUAACCUGGAGAAGCUGCGUAACAUCAUGUGCAGUUAUGUGUGGCAACAUCUAGAAACCGGCUAUGUUCAGGGCAUGUGUGAUCUGCUGGGUCCUCUUCUGGUCAUCCUGGAUGAUGAGGUCAUGGCCUUUAGCUGCUUCACUCAGCUGAUGAAGAGGAUGAACCAGAACUUCCCACACGGUGGCGCCAUGGACUCGCACUUUGCCAAUAUGCGAUCUCUUAUCCAGAUCCUGGACUCUGAACUUUUUGAACUGAUGCAGCAAAAUGGAGACUAUACACAUUUUUACUUCUGUUAUCGGUGGUUUCUCCUGGACUUUAAAAGAGAGAUGGUGUAUGAUGACGUGUUUUCUGUGUGGGAGAUGAUCUGGGCAGCUAAGUACACCUCCUCGGAGCACUUUGUGCUCUUCAUCGCUCUGGCACUUGUGGAGAUGUACAGAGACAUCAUCUUAGAAAAUAACAUGGACUUCACAGACAUCAUCAAGUUCUUCAAUGAAAUGGCAGAGCGACACAAUGUCCCGCAUGUCCUGAUGAUGGCUCGAGAAUUGGUCCACAAAGUGCAGACACUCAUAGAAAACAAGUGAUCCAGAAGACUGCUGCUUAACGUACACAAUUCUAUGUGCUACGUAAUGUCAAACAUACUGAUAGAAGAAACCACAAAGGUUGUGUAAUAAAUAACAGGGGUAUUAACAGGUAAGUCCUUAAGAGACACGUGGUAAUUAUAAAUACUGCUUAUUCUACAAUGGUUGUAUAACACCUUCUCUCCAACGUCUCCUUACUGUAUCCAGGAGAUGCAAUUAUUUUGCCAUUAAGGGUGUUUUUAAUGUCUUCACCUUGUGAUUGUAUCCUUAUUGAAACUGCUUCAGGAUGUCAUUUAUUUUGCCUUAAAUUCAGCUAUUUUUUCAGGGAAUAAGCUACCAAAUUCUCCAUUGUAUUGUUAUUGCUACAAGUUUAGUUUUGUUAUAGUAACCAUGGUUAUACAUGUUGGAAUUAAGACAGAUGACACAUAAAAGGAAAAAAAAAUGGUGCAGAUGUGUUCGCAAAUGUGUGGUGCAUGACUGAUUCCUGAUUUAGCCCCAUUUUUUUUAUUAAGUAUCGAUGCAAAUCAAUAUCAAAUCAUUCUGAGUGAUUUCCUUCAGCUUGACAAAAUAUUAUCAUUAAUACCACAUUGGGAGUGAUGUUUUUCACCGUCCCUCUUUUUGAACAUCAUCUUCAUCUUUUCUUUUUCGCAGUCCUCACAGCAGAUUUCAUAGCAAUCUGCAUGUUGAUUUGGCACAGGUUCGACACCGAGUGCCCCUCCAUGUUGCAUGCAGAAUGAGCACAGGGUGGCUUUGAACCAGGAAUCUGUGUUGUUGUAAACAAACGCACAAGCCACUUGCGCAUUAUCCUGAAAAUGAAUUGAUGAUCACCUCAGAUUUUUCAGGAUAUGUUUGGACCAUUUACGGUAGAAGUCUAUUGCGUUUGCGAACGUGGUCCAAAGUCAAAGUCAGUGACAGCUGCUGUGCAUUUGACUUGUUAUGCAAAUUAUGUCAUGCAUCUCCAAGAACCUUGUUGAUUUUGGGCUGAGAAGGUCAACAUUCCAUAACAUGCCUGUUAGUGCCAAUGAUUACCCCUGGAUUCCGAAGUGUGGAGCAGAUGAGUCUCUAUGAUUCCCCCUAGAUAGUUCACCAGUCUGACACAGGUUACUUCCCCAGCCAAGGGCGGUACCCGUGUAUAGCUGGGUGGACUGAGGCAAUGCAGAUGAAGUGUUUUGUCCAAAGAUACACAGUAGCAUGUCUGAGGAAUCAAACCCAGGUCUACAUAUCAUCGGCUUGCGUGAUACAUAACUGAGUCAUACAGGUUUUGGAAUCAGGUCAAAAGUCAAAAUUUCCUCAUAAAAUAAAUAUUUGCCAUGGACUGAGGUGUUUUUCCAUUUGUCACUAUCUGUAUUUUUAGUGUUAUUUCACUUGAAAUGUAGCUCAAAUUCUCACACGUUGUGAUGCACUUGAAUUUUUUUUUUUUGCAACUGUAGCCAGUAUAGUAAGAGAUCUUGUGAUACAUUUGAAUGUUUUCAGUAAUAACAUGUAAAUGAUUUUUUUUAACUACUUGAGGUAUUAUGCACACAAGGGAUCCUGCAGUCCUGAAGAUUGGACACUCCAUGUGUUCCACUUUUCCCGGGUAGCUAAAUUCUAAGUUGUCGUCGACCACGGUUCUUUCUCUAACCUCGGCUCCAACUUAAUCUUUCACCCUCAGUGUAGCACUAGCAUGUUUGUGUGCACAGUCAAGGGUCGCUGACUCCUCCUGGCCUUUUGCGGGGUGGGAUUAAUUCAUAGAUUUUUAUGCAGAUAUUAGGCCGUGAUAAAUUUUUUUUUUUUUCCCCAAACCUUCCUCGUGGUAUUUUGAGAAGUGCUGUGGUGGUGAUACUCUCCAGCUCCUCUUUGAUCUGCUUUUCAUUGCUUGAAACUCACCAAAAGCUUCAGUAUGUGAGGAUGACAUCACUUUACAGUCACAUUCACCUUCUAAUUUUCCUUAUGUGGAGCUGUUAAAGCACCUUCAUUGUUCAUUGAAUUGAGAAAUCCAAAUAGGUUCCUUUCCAGAUAAGAAUCACCAGAGUAGCUGUAAAGUACACAAUUCUUUGUGCGAAUGAAAAUUUUGUGCUUGUAUACAUGGGAUAAUAUACCACAGCACUGCUCAGGCACACACAAGAUUUUUUUUGUUUGUUUUUUUAAAGGUCCUCAGUGUUUCAAGUACUGCAUUUUAAUUUGCAUGCUACCACAUCUAUGUAUAACAGUUGCAGUUUUUGUGAACUGAUGUAUUGAUCAAACCACUCAAAGGCUUUUAUGUGACUCAAGAUCAUCUCCAUCAACAGUCACCAUUUUUAUAAGAGAUAAUUGAUCUGGAAUAUUAAUGGAUUUAUUGGUUCCACCUUGGGUUCUAUCUUAAAAUCCAGUGAGUUGAUGGCGUGGCUGAUGUAUCAUGUGAUGAUCUUUAACAUGCCUGUGUAUCGGUGCUUGUGAUGUGUCCGUUGUUGAGAUUUACUGCAUACAAUGUGUUCCAAAUAGAAGAUUCACUGUACAAAGCUAAUAAUGCAACAUGUCUGUGAGCUUUAUCAGAGUAUUAACAGAUUAAAAAAAAAAAAAAAAAAGUUAGUGGGAAUUUUUAUUUUUUGUCUUAAAACUGUCACAUGGUGUAAUUUAUUGUGCAUUAAAAGUCAAUAUAUUUUGCAGUGUA